GGUAAAAUCCGGCUGGGGGCCGCCGCGACUUGGAGGGGGACGGGGAGCAGGGCCCGCCGCCUGCGCGAGGAGCGUGUGCCGAGCAAAUUUAGUGAAUGGCUGAAAGUUGGCUUGAGCGUUGAGUUGCUGAAAUGUUUUGCUGUUUGAAAGCCGUGAAAAGGUUAUGCCUGGAGAAAAUAUUACCACAGUGCAUUCUUCAGUCAAGAUCUUUGUCAGGAGCUGAUGCCAUCAAUGCUCUCAGACCUUUCUAUUUUGCUGUGCAUCCAGAUUUCUUUGGCCAGCAUCCCAAAGAAAGGGAGGUAAAUGAAAAUUCUCUGAAGAGGUUAAAUGGCUACUUGGAGAAUCUGCAGAAACCAGGAUUUCGCUCUUUUAAGCCAACUCGUCUUACUUUUUAUGUAAGAGAAAGUGAACCAAACUCUUCUAAUGUUCAAGAAUCCUUCAGUGCUUCAGGAUUUCGAGCAGUCAGUUUUACAUUACAUACCAGAGACCUACUGAGCACAGUAUUAGAUAUUCUCAACUCCUGCAGUUUAUCUACGGAGCAUGUUCAGAGUUUGAAUAUGAACUCUCAGCCCCGCAAGGAAGCAAAAACCGUGCUGAACAGACCUAUCAAAUGGGAUAAGACUUAUUAUUCAUUUACUGGAUUCAAAGAUCCCGAGGAAGAACUAGAACAAGCCCAGAGAGUGGAAACAACUUUAAUAUCCUGGUUAGAUGAUAAUGAAGCAAGUGCAGUAAAAAAGCUGAAGAAGAGUUUACCCCUUAGAAAAGAACUAGAACGUUUAAAAUUUGAACUCUCUCAUCAACUCCAGCUCUCUGAUAUCAGGUGGCAGAGAAGUUGGGGUAUUGCUCAUCGCUGUAGCCAACUACACAGUCUAGGUCGCUUAGUCCAACAAAGACCUGAAGUACUGAAAAAUGUUAAAGGACGCACAUUGAUAUUUACAGACCGUUCAGGUAUGAGUGCAGCAGGCCACAUAAUGCUGGGGACCAUGGAUGUUCACCAUCACUGGACCAAAAUUUUUGAGAGAUUACCAAAUUAUUAUAAACUUCAGAAAAGGAUGCUCUUCUUGGAGGAUCGGAUAAGCCAACUUCUGGGAGGCAUACAAGUAGUAUAUAUUGAAGAGCUGCAACCCCUGUUGACACUGGAAGAGUACUAUGACAUUCUGGACUCCUUCUAUAAUAAAUUACUUGACAGUAGACUACUUUUUCAUCCUCACAGUCUGCGAGGCUUGCAAAUGAUUCUAGAAAGCGAUAGAUAUGCACCACGCUUACAUGAAUUAGGACACUUUAUGAUCCCAACAGCUUGUGAUCCAGCAGCUCUUCAAUGGUUUAUUACUGCCAAAGCACAAGAAGCAAGACAGAAUCUGAAAAGAAAGGAGGAGAUGAUGAUUACAGAAAAGGAGCUAAUCAAUACUUCUACUGAAAAAUUUUCUUUGGAUCGGCUAUAUAAGGAACCCAGUGUUUCCAGUGUGCAAAUGAUAGAUUGUUGUAAGCGACUGCUGGAAGAAUCAUUACCAUACCUACAAGGCAUGCACCUUUGCAUUUCGCAUUUCUACUCUGUGCUACAAGAUGGAGACCUCUGUAUACCUUGGAACUGGAAAAGCUGAGAACAUAUCUUAUAAUCAGAUGAAUUGUUUAUUUUCUGUAAGAGGCUAUAAAUACGAAUGUUUUUAAGAGUAAAUUAUUAAAAUCUGUAUUUUGAUACCAUUUACUUUUAACUGCUGCUCAAACAGGAUUAGAGUCCUAGACAAUUUGCAGGAUAUGCAGUAUUCCCAGUUCUAGGAAAGACAUCUGUACAUUUUCCAUAAGCUUGUAGUAGUCCAAGCAUAGAAUGGCACUUGUAGAAUCGCAUUUUUGUAGUUAAUUAUGAAAAGCUAUUACACUGCAAGUCUGCAAAAAUGUACAUGUGAAUUUUUAAUAUAUGCUAAGUAUUGCCAAAUAGAUUUUUCCUAAAUAUAAGGAAGAGUGUUCCACUCCAACUAGACACUACAUAUCUUAGGGAUUAGUUGAAUGCAGAAGGGUACAUAAUACUACUGGUGGCAAUAUUGGCAUUUCAUAUUGCUGCCUCCUACUGAAUGAAAAAGAAAACUUGCAUCUGAAUAGUUUUACUUUGCAGAAAAGCACAGUACCUUGAAAUUUGGUUUCAGUAGUUUCAUAUAUUGAUCCAAUGUUGUUAUUUCCAAAUACGCCAGCUGUGCUGUCUGCAGUUAUUUUAGAGGAAAUGUCAGUCUAUUUUUGUUUUUCAGCAUUUGUUCCAUAAAUACAGACUAUCCUUUUUAUGUACACUGCUAAGAGAUUGCAAAUCCUCUUCACAGCACUUACUGCCCAAGUGGUUUAAUGUGACGUCUAAGGAAGGGAAGCAUUGAUUUUUGUGGAAUCAUUUGCAAGAGUAAGUAUUUCUCAGUGAGAGACAGGAGUUCACAGUAAGGCUCUACAGAGCAAACACAUGGGCCCUUGUUAGUACUGCAUUCCUUGAAUAAUAUGAAAUGAAGAUAUAAAUUUAUGUUGAUAUUUCUUCAUUGUAAUACAUGCCAAAAGGGACAUUGUAUUUGGGUUAUUACUUUGCAAAAAACAUCCAUUGAGAAAAAUCAGCUGCUUAACAUUUCUGGACUUGAAUUCACCUAUGAAAACUGGCAAAAAAAUAAAAAAUAAGGAAUUGCCUAA